AUGGGGAUGCGUCUCGGCCGAACCCCAACGGUCGUCCUCUCCUCUCCAGCCGCAGCGCGCCAGGUUUUGCGGGAUGCUGACAUGGCAUGCGCAUCGCGGCCGGCGGCGAUCACGUCCGCGUUAUUAACUCACGGACCGCGCGAUCUCGUGUUCGCGCCGUACGGGCCGCCUUUCGUGCAUCGGCGGAAGCUCGCGACGAGCCACCUAUUCACGGCGGAGCGCAUCGCGGCUUGGCGCGGAGUGCGGGCGGACGAGGCGGAGGGGAUGGUGGCUGCGGUGGUCGAUGAGAUCGCUGCGGCGGAAAAAGCGGCGGGGGAAGCGGAGGGUUCCGCGUGGGCGGAAGUCGAGAUCCGCCCGCAUCUAGCGCGGGUGUCUCUGAACAAUAUUCUCCGCAUGAGCUGCGGGCGGCGGUACCAGUUCAGCCGCCCGGGAAAGCCGGACGCUCUCGCAGACGAGGUUAACUCCGUGAUCUUUAAGAUCGCGGGGCUCCUAGGGCCGUUUAACUACGUCGACCACGUGGCGGAAUGGGAUUGGUUCGACAAGUGGACCGGCGGGCUGACAGGCAAGUGCCGCGUACUUGCGCCGAAGCUUCAGAAAUUCUUCCGGGGAGUGCUGGACGACCACCGCAGGAUGCGGAGAGAGGAGGAGGGGAAGCGCGCGAAAGAGGCGGAAGCGGCGGCAGCGGAAGCGGCGGCGGCGGCGGCGGCGGAAGGGGAGGGGGAGGGGACGGAAGGGACGGGUAGCGAGGGUGAGCAGAGGCGCGGGGUGAUGGAAGAUGCUUCCACGUUCGCACCUUUAGAGAAUCCGGAAGAUCCGGAGAGGGACUUUUUAGAUGUGCUUCUGAUGCUGCAGAAACAGCAGCAGCAACAACAAGAGCAGCAGCAGCAGCAGCAGCAACAACAAGAGCAGCAGCAGCAGCAGCAGCAGCAAAAGCAGAUGAAUGGCAGUGCCAGCGCUGAUGCUAAGGAAGAAUCUAAAGGUGUAAAUGGUUCCGUGAACGGGGGUUCUGGGUUCGGGGUUGGUAAAACCCCUGUUGCUGCAGCGGUAGCGGCAGGAGCAGCGGCGGCGGCUGGGUCUGGCUUGGUGGUAGAUGACGUGGAGAUCACUUCGCUGCUACAGGAUCUGCUUGUAGCGGGUACAGACACUGCAGCGGUUAGCACAGAGUGGGCUUUAGCGGAACUAGUUAACCGGCCAGAUGCAAUGAAGCGGCUACAAGCGGAGAUAGACGGCGCGCUAGAACAGUGGCACAGAGAUCACGAAUCGGAUAAGAUCAAAUCGCAAUCGGAUCUCGAGGCGGCGUGGGAGCAGACGGGGGGCGAAGCGUUGCUCAUGCGGUUACCCUAUCUCCAGGCAGUCGUGAAAGAGAUGCUUCGUAUGCACCCUCCAGGCGCGUUCCUGAUCGCCCAUAGUACCACUGGCCCUGUAGAUCUCUGUAGCGGCAGGUACAGGGUUCCUGCAGGGACUAUGGUGCUAGUUAAUGUGUGGUCUAUUUCGCGCGACCCGAGCCUCUGGCCCGAGCCUGACAGGUUCGUGCCGGAGCGGUUCCUGCCCGGAGAAGUUUUCGAGCUGCCCGAGAGCGGAACAGGGGAGGGUGUGAAGCGGAUAGUGGGGGAGGAGGUGGAUAUGAGAGGAUUUGAUUUCCGCCUGCUGCCGUUUGGUUCGGGCAGGCGAAUGUGUGUCGGGCAGAGGCUCGGGCACCAGCUGGUUACCAUCAUGCUGGAGCGGUUGUCUGCGGUGGAGAGCUACGGGUUGGCGAUGAGGAUGGUGCAGCCUUUGAAGGCCCGUGCUUCCCUGCGAGUGGGAGGGGAUGACAGGCGGGCGAUUGAAGCAUGGGGAGUGGGAAAGAGGGGGAGCAGGAAGUAG